UACCAGUCGGUAACGUAUUAAGUAGUUUCCACCGCUUUUGUAUAGAUGGCGCAAUUGUCGAAUUUGAACCACUUUUUAAAGGUAAAUAAAUAAAUAUGUUGAAGUGUAUCAGACCGUGUAUAAAUAGUCUAAACACACGGUCAGCAACACUUUUAUGUAAUCAAAAUGACUUACUAAUGCAACAAACCCGGAAUACAUUUAUUUUAAAAAGAAGAUUUCCAGUUCCGUUAAUGAAAAAAGGUCAGCGUUAUCCGAGACUUAAACAUAAACAUUAUCUUUACGAUCUUGUAGAAAAUACAAAUACUAAAAAACAUCCAUUAAUUGACCUAAUUUUAUUGGAUACUGUAAAAGAUGCAGGAGAAAGAGGUGAAUUAAUUAAAGUGAAAAGUUUGACAGCAUAUCACCAUUUUCUGUUACCAAAGUUGGCUGUAUAUGCAACACCUGAAAAUAUUGAAAAAUAUUUAAUUCAAGAUGAAGAUGAGAGAAAGAAAUUUGCUACACAUAGUUCUCAGUUUGUACAAAAUACAAUAAGUUUAUUAUCUGAAUGUUGCUUAAGUGUAACAAUGAAUAUGGAUGUACCGUGGACCAUAGAAAAAUGGCAUGUAAGUGCAAAUUUCCGUAAUGCAGGUUUCAUAGUACCUCAACAUGCAAUAACUCUUCCCGAGAAAGCUAUAUCUGGUCCGGAUUUAUCUGUUGAGAAUAAAGAAUUUUAUGUCACUGUUAAAGUCAAUAAUUGUGAAGAAACUAAAGUUAGAUGUAGAGUACAUCAUUAUACUAAUAAUCCAAGCAAGAAAAUUACUUAUGAAGUACCAUAUUGGCAAUUGCCUAGUGCAGCAAUUUUCCCAGAAGAUGAACCAGUCUUAAAUUCUCUACCAAAAUAUCAAUCAAGUACUAAAACCAAGUUUACUAAGAAAUAAAUGUAUUAUCAUAAAUAAAAUUUGCUAUAAAAGAA